AUGAUCUGUAACCUGCUUCUGUCCUGCUCGGUCCUCCUGCUCUCCUGCAGUCAUCUGUUAGCACAUCCUGUUAUGGACACAGCUGACAUGACUUACAGCGGCCCUGACUCAGUGGAAGAGGCCGGAGGCGUCAGUCCAGAUGAUUUCUCUGUCUCUGAUCUCAAUGAUCUCCUGCAGAGGGCGGCAGUCGUAGGAUAUUCCCCACUGCUCAGCCGAGAGAAUAUCAAAGUGCCUGGGCAGACUCCUAAAGAGGCACUUAGAGAGUUACUGUUAGAAAAACCGUAUCGCCUCAUUCCUCCCAGCGAUCUGUGGGGCAGCAGGAGACAGUUCAGGAAGAGAGGCGGCGGUGCAGAUUGCUUCUGGAAAUACUGUGUUUGA